AUGGCAACUGGUGGUGGUGGUGACUCUCCGUUGAUGGAUAAAGGUAAGUCAGAUUUUGUAGGCCAAGGGUUCUCAAUAAGGGAAGCCACCAUAGAGGAUCUCCAACUUGCUUUCAAGCACAACCAGCUCACCUCAAGGCAACUUGUCCAAUUUUACCUUGGAGUAAUCACCAGACUCAACCCUUUCCUCAAGGGGGUCAUAGAAAUGAACCCGGAUGCGCUUGACCUUGCCGAAAAGGCUGACUACGAGCGCAAGACCAAGCCACCAUCUGUGCCACUCUCUAAGUUGCAUGGCAUUCCCAUUCUGGUCAAGGACAACACUGCAACCAAGGACAAGUUGAACACCACAGCUGACUCUUAUGCUCUGCUUGGCUCUGUUGUGCCCCGGGAUGCUGGCGUGGUGACCAAGUUGAGGGGGCCUGGGGCCAUCAUACCGGAAAGGCCAGCUUGA